AUGGGACUCGAUCUCGACCAUGUGUUCGUUGGUGUGGAUCUCAUCGACCUGAUGCGAGGAGGAUAUGUGGUAUUAGCUGCCAGUGUCAUGGCUAUCAACAGCUUCGAGACCCUUCGAGGCCAGUUUAUAUCAUAUGGUGCUCGAUCUACAUCGUCGACCAAAGGCGAGGAGGGAGCCGCAGAUGAAAGUACUACUGCGGUGACAACCCCUUCGCGGAGUAGAAUUACAGAACUCUUAAAUUCCAUAGCUGCAUGGGAUGUGCCGCAUUCCUACUUUACCCAGUUUUACUACUGCGCCGUUGGCCUGUCGUUCUUUUGGUGGUACCAACUGCUGACUAGAGGUUGGGCCUUUCAGCUUAUUGCCAGCAUGGUUGAUCAAGAUAGCAGGAAGGGUUCCAUGUCCUUUAACCAGAUAUUCCUCUGCUGGAGCCUGUUUACCAUCCAGGCCUGCCGUCGACUGUAUGAGUGCAUCUCUUUCACGAAGCCGUCCAGGUCAAGGAUGUUUGGCGGACAUUGGCUCUACGGGUUUGCCUAUUACGUUGCCAUGGGGGUAGCAAUCUGGGUUGAAGGAACAGCAACUUUGCUCUCGACUGAUACGCCGCUGGGCGACGCCACCAUAACCGCACCUUCUCUAAGAUCACUAAUCUUCAUACCGGUGUUCAUAUUUGCUUCUGGAAUACAGUAUGAUUGCCACGAGUACUUGGCAUCUCUUGUCAAAUAUACUCUCCCGGUGCAUCCGGCCUUCGUCAGCAUAAUAUCCCCACACUAUACGGCUGAAUGCACGAUAUACCUCUCGCUAAGCGUUCUUGCUGCACCACCAGGAUCAAUAGUCAACAUGACCAUCUUCUCCGCUCUGAUUUUAACGGUGGUGCAGCUGGGGACGUCUGCUGCAGCAACUAAAAGGUGGUACGGUGAGAAAUUCGGAGUGGAAAAGGUCAAAGAUAGAUGGGUCAUGCUACCGCCAGUAUGGUAG